AUGCGAGGUCAUUGCAUUAGCUCGGGAAGAGUCUUCAUGCACCACCUCCUACACCAACUUCGUCAACUUCCCGACAAACCUCAUCACUUUUCACCCAACCCAGAACUUCUUGCCGAUCUGCGCUGGUGGCAACAUUUCCUCUUGGCAUACAACGGUGUCUCCUUAUUGCGUUCAUACCCUCGGAUUGAUGAAAUUUCUCGUUUUUGCACUAACGCAAGCCUUGCUGGUAUUGGUGGCUUUUUCGAUGGUCGUUUCUUCCACUCCACCUAUCCGCCGUUCAUUGAUGUAGCCUCUCUCACAAUCGCUUCGCUCGAAAUGCUGACUGUAACUGUCAGCCUCAAAUUGUGGUCUCGGGAAUUGCAAGGACAGCGAAUUUUAGUAAGAAGUGACAAUUGGACCACUGAACUCGCCAUUAACACUGGUCGUUCUCGCCUUCCAUUUAUCCUUCAGUCCUGCUUACGUGAAAUGUGGUUCUACGCUUCCCUUUGUGACUCAGAGCUACGCGCUCUCCACAUCCCAGAUCACCAGAACACGUUCGCUGAUUCUCUGAGCCGUUGGGAGACUCGACGCCCACAUCUUCUAUGA